UUUAGAUAAUCAGUUAUUUCGACUAUCCAAAUACUUACAUAUGUAUAAAAGAAAAGAGAAAGAAAAUCAAUCUCCCAUGAGUGAUGAAAAACUUUCAAAGAAGAAAAAUAAUUCAAAGUCUGCGCCUGAUGACACAAGUACUGCCAUCAAUACGAGGUUUUUAAUCAAAAUUCCCAAUUUCAUUUAUUUUAGUAUUUUGUCAAAUGAGGCCAUGAAUGAGAAUGGAACACCAAAGAAGAAUGAACGACGAUUUAUGGUUUGCCAUGAAAUAUUGGAUACAGAGGAAAAUUACCUUCGUAUCUUAAAAGUUCUAAUCGAGGUAUUUAAAAAGCCGCUUGAAAUGCGGAUAAAACAUUCCGAGAGAAAUAGCAAAGAUGUUGAGAGGGAUUUGUUAAGUCUUAAGGAAUUGAACACACUUUUCAUGAAGAUAACUCCAAUUAUUAAUGCACAUGCGUAUAUUCAGGAAGCUCUUCAAAGAAGCAUCAGCAACUGGAAUAAUAAUAAUUUAAUUGGAAAGAUUUGGGCAGAUUUUGCACUCGAUCUUGAAAGGGUUUAUAUUUUUUCUUUAUUUUCCUUAUGUAUUUAGGUUUAUCCUCCUUAUAUCAACUCAUAUGACGACAUUUUACGGACUCUUGACUAUUGCGAAUUCAACAAACCUAAAUUUCACGAAUUUCUCAAGCAAGCAGAAGCAAGUCCUGAAUGUCAGAAAAAUUCGAUUAGAGAUCUUUUCAUUCGUCCGGUGCAACGAAUUCCUAGUGUUCUCCUUCUUUUACAAGAAUUAUUCAAGCGUACAGAAAAGAAUAAUCCUGAUCAUCAU